AUGGCCGAUCCAAAGUAUGUGGGACUCGCGUUGGCUCUCUCGUCCGGCCUUCUUAUCGGCUCCUCAUUCAUCAUCACCAAGAAAGGGCUGAUCCAAAGUGCUCAGCAGUCAGGCGGCGCAACUCACCUGGAAUCGCACAGCUACCUCAAGAACGGGCUGUGGUGGGCCGGCUUGAUGACAAUGAUCCUCGGCGAGAUUGCCAACUUCACCGCAUAUACAUUUGCUCCAGCCAUCCUGGUCACCCCGCUAGGCGCAUUCAGCGUUGUCAUUGGAUCCGUAGGCGCCUCGGUGUUUCUGCACGAAACCAUGUCCUUCCAGGGCCAGCUCGGAUGCGCCCUGUCGAUCAUUGGCUCCGUCAUCGUCAUUUUGCACUCGCCAGAGGAAAAAUCCAUCGACUCGGUUGACGAGAUUCUGACGUACUUCCUGCAGCCAGGCAAGCGCUUCAUGGUCUACAUGUUCCUGGUCUCGGCUGUAUCGCUCUUCCUGAUCUACCGCAUCGGACCCGUCUACGGCUCCAAGAACAUCCUGGUCUACAUCACGAUCUGCUCGCUCGUGGGCUCGGUUUCGGUGAUGGCCGUCAAGGCUUUCGGCGUUGCCAUCCGCCUCACCAUCGAAGGCAACAACCAGCUCAUAUACCCUUCGACCUGGCUCUUUGGCUUCAUUGUCAUUGGCUGUGCCCUCACCCAGAUCAACUACUUCAACAAGUCGCUCGACCUCUUCUCUACCAACCAGGUUACCCCGAUCUACUAUGUGUUUUUCACCUCCGCCACGAUUGUAGCGUCGGUGAUUCUCUUCCAGGGAUUCAACGAUAGCGACCCCAAGGACAUCGUCUCGAUAUUUGGCGGGUUCAUCACGAUCUUCAUCGGCGUCUUCAUGAUCAAUGCGGCUAAAGAUGAGCAGCAUCCGAUUGCAGCCGAUUCCACAAAGAGCCUCGACAAGAUCCCCCUCCGAGACAGAGAUCGCUACAAGAAGCGGUCGAGCGUCUCGGCUGGAGAGUCGAGCCUGCUGCGUGAUGCUUUUGAUGAGAACUCUCCCGAUGAGGCUUGA